AUGGCAGGAGUGCGAUUAGUCGCGACAUGCCCACCGUCAAUUAUUGAUUGGUUCAUGCUACGACUUUCAGCGUUGACAGCAACGCUGCCGCUAUGUCCUCAGUCUGGACUUUUCCUACAUAGUGGAAUUGACUUUACUUUGCCCUUAUCUGAAUACUUUUUGAACGAUUUCGCAAAAGAAUUUGAACUGAACCAAUCAGUGCUAUGGGAAUGGCCAGCUAACAUAGAUCGGUAA